AUGUCGCGAGUAAUCGACAAGCUGCCUGCGCCAGCGGAGAAGAAAAAGACCAAGGUCAUAAUCGCCAGCUGUAGCCGAACUGGGACGCUUGGCCUCUACUUCGCAAUGAAGAUACUCGGCUACAAGCCCUACCACAUGUACGAAGUGGUACAUGGGCAGGGCAAACAACACAUGGUAGCCGUCCGAGAGGCCGUAGCCGCGCAGCAUAAUCGGCUGUCGGGAAUCAAACGGUUUGACAAGGCUGAUAUGGACAAGUUGACUGCCGAAUAUGAUUGCCUUGUUGAGAUCCCGAGUUGGUUAGGCCCAGCCCUCCUCGACGAGUACGCACAGGAUCCCGAGGUCAAGUUCAUCCUGACGGAGCGGGACCCCGAUAGGUGGGCCAAGUCGAUCAACGGCACGGCGGGCUUUGUCGUCCAGGCGGCGGCUUCGUUUCCAUUGAACGUUCUCAAGCAUUUCGACGAGGAAUUAGGCAUCUUUCUGGCUCUCAACGUGACCGUGUACGCCGCCAUGGCUGACGGCACAAAGCCGGGCCAGCCGGGUAAUGAGGCUGCUCUCAGGAGGAACUAUAUUGAGUACAUCAAGGCCGUCAAAAAUACGGUUCCUAAAGAGCGUCUCCUGGUCGUCAAGCUAGAAGAUGGGCUGGGAUGGGAGCAGAUUUGCCCGUUCCUGGGAGUGUCCAUUCCAGACGAGGAAUAUCCGCUGCGCAACGACGUCGGUAAUUUCCAGGCCAUGGCGGGGGCCUACUUUAAGGAGAGAACCAGAGCCGCUAUGCUCCGGUUGGGGGCGCUACUUGUGCCUGCGUUGGGUGUGUCUGGUUACCUUGGAUGGAAAUAUUUUGUCAAAUAG